CACUGCCAUCAAACAUUAGUCGCGUUUACCCCGAGAAUUCUUUAGUUUUUAUGGUUAUAGUCUUUAAAAAAGUCAAUUCAUUUGUUAGAUUCUUGUUCUAUUGAUAAAAACCUCUGCUAUCUGUUUACUUUUAAGGGUAUUCAUUUGAAAAACCAAAACUCGUUUUUAAACUGCUUUUACUGUGAAAUUAAAAGACAAUUAACUAAAAUCGGAACCUACGGUUGCUACAAAGAUGGUAUUUGAUGUUUUAUUAAACUUUUCAAAAUCAAUUGCCUAUUGAUUAAUGUCUGUGUACACUACAUUAUUUACCCUAUGUAUGUUAACUGACGUUAGGUAAACUACUGACUGUGGAGGUAGGAAUUUAAUAACGAGUUUAAACCCAAAGCAUCGUACCUCGUUAAACCAUCUUUAUGGAGUAAAAAGGAUUUUCAUUGCACGAUACAAAUAUUUCCUCUUAAACGAUCGUUUAAUUGAUUCCAUUGCCUAUUUGCUGCAAGACUCGUCAAGUAGCGACAGUUUAGAAAUCCGACUUUGUAUCGCAUUAUUGGCGGCGACUAGACGCGAGUCUCUUAUUAAAUCUUCUUUAGAACAACAAGGUACCUUCGAAUAAAAGUCUGACAACAAUAAUAGUCUUGUGUCUUUUGGAGUGAGCUUCUUGAUACGUGGCAGCAAUAAUUUGUGUUCUCCUUGGAUUAAGCUUUUGAUACCCAUUAUUUUUACAAAUUAAUGUCUUCUGGUGAUGCUCGUCGAAGACAACGUGUCUCUAGAGCUUGUGAUGAAUGCCAUCGAAGGAAAAUAAAAUGCGAUCAACAAAAGCCAUGUUCCAAUUGCAGAACAUACAAUUAUGAAUGCACAUAUGGCCAACCAUUCAAACGGUUGUUGCAUUCUCCCGAAAAAUACAUACAGUUUUUAGAGUUCCGCCUCAAAUAUUUAAAAAAAAUGGCCGAGCAGGUCAUUCCUGAUGUUAAACUUCCGGCCUUCUUAAAUAUCCCGAAUGAAAACUUCGAUUAUGGUCCGGAAAGUGUUCAUGCCGAGAAAGACGCCUCUCCUACAAAGCGUCCUUCAUACGAAGAAAUUGAUAGUGUUUUUGAUCGAUAUGGUCAACUAAGUUUAAGAGAUAAUGGACACGCAGAUUAUCGAGGUAGUUCUUCUGGUUUUGUUUUUAUGCAAAACAUCCAUAAAAACAUCGCUCGGACUUCUUCUACUUCUUCCUCUUCUGGUCCCGUUCACACCACUCCUAGUAGUGAACCUUUCAAGCUUCCGUAUCUCCCUCCAACGCCCUCGGAAGAGAACGAAAAGGAUUUCAUUCCACAGAUUCAGUUUCCUUCUUAUGAGGAAGCUCGAUCUGUUACAGGUAAUUUUUUCUUAAAUGAUCACUUUUUGGUUCAUUUUCAUCAUAUUCCGACCUUUUAUGAACGAUUGCAUAUAUACUAUCACUCUGAAAAAAAAGAUCCUAAUUUUCAUUUUCUGCUGGCUGCAACUUUGUGCCUUGGUUACACAUAUUUGUCAUCGACUACGAACGCUUCCGUUUAUCCUUAUCACAAAGCGUACAGAUACUACUACUAUAUAAGAGCCGCCUUUCAUUUUGAAGAUAGUUAUGAUAUAGAGGUCAUCCAGGUUCUCGUGUCGGUAGCGCUGUUCGCCUUAUUCAGUUCAAGGCUUUCGCAAGCCUAUAGUUUUAUGAACAUUGCGUUGUUUUGUUGUCAUGAGUUAGGUCUUCAUAGAGACUUUUCCGACGUUCUUACAUCUCCUGAGACCAGGUUACGAAAGCGAGUGUUUUAUUCUGUGUAUGUAAUGUCUUGCUAUACAAGUACUAUAAUUGGUCUCCCACUUACUAUUGAAGAUGAUGAAAUUGAUCAAGGACUUCCUAACUCGUACGACUUUGUUUUAGACAAUGAAGCUAUUCCUGCCAACGUGGUAGCUUCCGAAUGUGGUAGCUUAGAGAUAUUUAAUCAACACAUAUCUCUUUCUAGGAUUUUGAGCCAUUUUGUUCGAAAAGUUUACCCUAUAAAGUCGAGUAAUGAUGCUAAUUGUCGUGUCUCUCUUACCGCAGUGAGAGAACAUGAGAAUAGGUUGACGAAUUGGUGGAAAAAUCUACCCAACUAUUUGAAGUCGGAUGAUGUUCCUGAGUUUUCUCCCAAAUGGAUCCAGGCUAUAAGUUUAGAGCUCAAGUUUCGACAAAUUGAGCUUAUUUUCUACAGGCCUUUUGUCCAUAACAUUAUGGACCCUUUGGAGGAGUCCACGACGAAACCAACAAUGCCUUCCAGCUUUGCAUUGAAAUGUGUGCAGUCAGCCGAGCGUAUUGUGGAAUUAUUGAAAAGGCUAUCUAGGUUGCCAAGUAUGCCAAAAAUGUUUUUCAAUUUAUACGCAGGUUACUAUGCGUCAAUGACACUCGUGUAUUCGGCAAGCUUAACGAGAGAAACCACCGCUCGAUCAAACGCUUUUAUUGGGAAGGCACGCGAAGGGUACUCUACGUUGACUGAGAUUUAUCAAGGAUCGGCCUAUUUUUCGACCAUUUUAGAUGCAAUUCGCAAUAUGCUACUUGCCUAUGAUAUGAAUCUUCCACGGAAGGAAUAUCCUAAUUACCCACCUCAGAAUUUAUUCCCGAAUGAAUUGCCCAAGGGUACCACAAACAUUCCUCAGGAGAUGCCGAUACCCGCACCAUUAGGGUUUUCUCAGAUUGGAAUGAAUGCUCCAUUUUCUGCUUAUUCAUUAGUAAACGGUGAACCAUCUUUAUAUUCUUCUUAUCCGCCUUAUCAGAACUACCCGUCGUAUACGGGAGUACCUUUGCCAGCGCAAAGUAACUAUCCUCUAUUACCACAACCAGGUUAUUACGAUCCUAAUUCCUAUCAUCAUGAACAAAUUUAUGGAAAAUAUCAUUCGUAUAACUCUAUGCCAUACCCAGCUUCUUAUACUCCAAGCACGGUACCGCAGACUUAUCCACCAUAUCCUAUGUAUCCGUAUCCUCUUCCUGCUUAUUAUCCGCAACCCCAGCCAUCUGCAUCCUCGGAUUCCAAUACUAUGCUUUCUAGAAAUACCCCUAUGAAUUAUGGAAUGCCCAGCGGACCUAUGCCCCCGACCACGUACCCUUCAUAUCCACUAGGAGCUGAUCAAUCUGGCAAAAGGUUGUUAGAUCCGUCUAACAUGAGACAAAGCAAGCGUUAAUAACCAUUGCUAAUUAGACGUUGCUUUCUCAUGAAAAAAGGACUUUAUUUAGUUUUCUCAUAUUUGGCAUUAUUUGGCAUUGAAUAUCAUUUGCAUCCAUUUUAACCUCCCGGAAUAAAACUCAUCCGAAUUAAAUUAUUAGUGUUUGAUGUUUUUAAAACCAAUAAGUGUUGAAGACAAUACAUGUCACAAAGAACCGUUAUGGACUUUUGAAAGAAACUUACGGAAGAUUGUUUGACUACAAAAUAUAUAGAAAGAACUGAUAGACACGCAUGCUUAGUUCUGCUUAUUUCCUUUAAUUAGUGACCAUUUGUUUUUUGCUCGUUUUUUGUUUUUGUUUUUGUUUUUGCUUUUGUUUUUUUGUUUUCUUAUAUUAAAUCUAAAUAUAUUACAUGUCUAACAUAAUCUAUGAAUUCUAAAUUGAAGAUAUAAUUUGUGGGCUGAUUUUACCAAGACAAACACCAAGUAUAUACGUUGAUGCAUCCUUACCAGGCUUUCUAAA